AAUCGAAAAUGAUUCUUUCGGGAUAUCAGUUCAAGAUUAAAUCUAUUGCAACACAAAGACCUGCAUUAAAAAAUAUAUGGAAUGAAGUUUUUCCAGCGAAUGGACCUCAAGCAAAAUCUCUCGUUGAAAUUUCUGGUGCCCCAGGAACAGGAAAGAGAAUACUGUUAUACGAAUUAAUGGCGCGUGCAACUCUGUCCACUUGUUUUGGCGGCAAGGAUAGUCAAGUAAUUUUUGUAGAUCUGUGUCACAAGUUUGAUGCAAGUUCCUUUACUGAAUACGUUAAAAAUGUAAUGAAUAAAAAUGUCAGUGCCACCUCUCAUAGAUCACUUGAAAAUUCUGUAAAAUAUCCCUGUGAGUCUAUCAUACAUUUACCAUGUUACUUGCCAGAUCAAUUUGAGUUUGCCUUUAAGGAUAUUGAGGAAUUGCUCUGCGAUCACAAAAGAGUCUCAUUGGUGGCCAUUGAUGGCUUAGACACGUUCUACUGGGACGACUGUAACACACAGUUGCAACGUAUGACCACGCACUAUAAGAAAUUGAUUCAACGUUUGAAGCCUAUAUGCCAAGAGCAUAAUAUUUGUUGUGCCUAUACCGUUGAUGCGAAUUAUUUGCUGCCAAAAUCAAAGAGAUCUGCAUAUUUUCCACAUUCACAAAUUGACUAUAAAUUGAAACUAGUCAAGCACAUAGAUGGUCGUCGAUAUUUAAAUGAUUCGCCUAUAGAAAUUAAUUGCAAUGGUAUAGAGUUUUUGACUAAUAAAUGUGUAAUUUAAUAAUUAAAAAUCAACA